AAACUCGAUGGCUUCUAUAAUUAAAAAAGCAUUUUUGCUUAAACCAAAUGUAGUCCGUAAAUCAGUCGGGAUAUUCUGCAAUGCUACUCGAAAUCAUUGGAAUUAUCAAUACAAGCCUGGCCCAUUUCCCAAGUCCCAGGCAGAAAGGGAAGCAGCCGCAAAAAAGUAUGGAUUAACACCUGAGGAAUACCAACCUUACCCGGAAGAAAUGGGAUAUGGAGACUAUCCUAAACUUCCCGACAUCGGUGCGGAUUCGAAAGAUCCCCAUUACCCAUAUGAUUUACCAGAUCUAAAAAGGAAUUUUAACGAGCCCUUUCAUGCUAGAGCAGAAAUAUUUGGUGAAGAUCGCUAUGACAUAAGUAUGAAACCAAGGAUUCCUGUAUGGGAGCAGUGGUGUUGGUUUUUGGGUUGCAUGACUGGAUUCUUUGCCCUCUUCUUCUACUUGGAAGACUUUAAAUUUGGCAGACCAGUCACUGAGAAGCAAUAUCCCAGGGAUGGCCCGCAUUACAUGUUCAGUACAAAGUAAAUUGGAAAUGGGAUAGUUAACUAUUGUUUAUUAGUAAAAA